AUAUGGCAGAGGCGGAGAGUGCCCUCCUGGCUCGCAGCUUCUCCCCUUCGCUCGCCAUGCCCGGGCCAGGGCUUGGGGCGCUGUUGGCCGCUCCUAUCCUUCUGGCCUUGACCCUGGUCCUGUCCAGCCCUUGGCAUCCCUGGGAGCCUCCUCCUCCGCAGCCCCGGAGUUUGACACUGGAGCUGGAGCAGCGGCAGCGAGACCUGAGCAUCUUGGCUUCUUCUUCUCUGGAGGAAAAGGACAAGGAGGGCUGGCUGGGCUGCGCGGAGCUGAGCGGCGCUCGGGUUUUGGGCUUGGCGGGCGCAGGGAUUACUAAAGUGGUGCUGAAGGUGGCCCUGGGAGAGAGGGCUGGGGGCGGCGAGGUGGCCCUCAAGGCCGUGCAUUGGGCCGGAGGAGAUGUCCAGGGCUGCGUCCGGCGCUAUGGACACUUCGGAGGCUGCUACCGACUGGCCGCUGCCAAGCUGAUGAAGGAGGCGGCGUUGCUGCAGAGGAUGGACCACCCGGGCAUCGUCAAGCUGCUAGGUCAGUGCUCUGACAGUAGCCUCAGUGGUCCUGAAAUGAAAGUGGUCACCAUGCUGGAGUUGGGAAAGCCUUUGGAGAUGAUUCAGCUCCUGCAAACCCCCUGGGAAGAACGAUUUAAAAUUUGCCUGGAUCUGAUAGAACUUCUUUAUUACAUGUCAAAUUCUCCUCUUGGUCCCAUUGCUCUUCUGGAUUUCCAGCCCAGGCAGUUUGUUCUGGUGAAUGGGAGCCUGAAAGUUACAGACUUGGACGAUGUGACCACCACAGAAUUGCCAUGCCGGGCGGAUGAGGACUGUAUGCUCGAAUUCCCCACAAAAAACUUCUCCCUCCAAUGCACUCUGCAAGGGAAGUGUGAAGGUAUUAAUGAGAAAAGAAAUCUCUUCAAUGCAUACCGGUAUUUCUUCACAUACCUCUUACCACAUACCGCACCCGUCGCUUUGCAACCCAUUCUGAAGGACAUCUUGAAUGCCACAGGUGAUUUGCGAUAUGGAGUCAAUGAAACUCUGAGAGCCUUUCAGAAGGUUUUGUAUCUGUACAAGUCUGGUCUCUAUCUUCAGAGGAAAACAUCCAACUUAAGAGACUACAUUGCCCUAAAGGGAUUCCACAGUACAGACACAGACGACUACAAGUGUUGGCCAUCAAAGAGCCAUUUGGGAUGCAUGCUCUCGGUUCACAAUGCAGAGGAAGCUGCCACCAUUUGCAAUUCCCAUCCACAAUGUCAACACUUUUCCAUCAUGCUGCAGAAGACAUGGGCAGGACGUCCACUUGCUUUGUUUCAAAGUAACUUGUCUGACCUAAUUCCAGGGGGUCCCAUGGUGGUUUAUGUUAAACGAUCUGCAGCCUCAAAGAGAAACUUCUCCCAGGAAGCAUGAAAGAACCAUUUAAUGGAGGAAACAAAUCAAGGAAUAAUCCAUCAGGACUAAUUUCAUCCCCUUACAUUCAAAAGGAUAGCACAUUUUCUUUCUGCUGAGACAUGUUUCCCUCUCCAGGUUUGGCAGGAGCCGUUUUGAUGAGAAGUGCAGAUUUUGUGUGUCCGGUGCCACCUAUCCUACAACUACCUUGCCAAACUGUGAUUACAUAAUCUGUUUUGGCAGACAAAAGAUUCAUGUCAGCUGUACGGAUUGCUCUUUGCUGCACUACAAAAGCAUUUUACAAAACCAAAAAAUGGGGAUUUCAGUUGGGGUGGUUAUCUGUUCAAGCCCAAUUGGUACCUCCAUCUAAUGAAGUACGUAUGUAUGAGCGGUCCACUUAUUACAUAAAUUCAUUGAACCCGGUUUCAUUUAAAUGCAAAGAGAUUUGAAUACCAUAUAAUUUUUCUGGGGGACAUAACGAUGCCUAGAGAAGUGUUCCCUUUAGGUCUCCAGCCCAAGUCUAUGGUCAACCUCCAUGAGAUGUUCCACCAGAAGUUGACCAUAGAAUCAAACUGAAGGCCUAGAGAGAACACUUCUUCCCAUUUUCUAGGUCCUUCAGAGUCAUUCCAUGGUAGUCUUUAGCCAGAAGCCCCAACUUCAUUUCAAUUAGGAUUCCAGAUUAUGUGAAAAUUGUAUUAUGUGAAGUCAUAGAAUCAUAGAAUCAUAGAAUAGUAGAGUUGGAAGAGACCUCAUGGGCCAUCCAGUCCAACCCCCUGCUAAGAAGCAGGAAAUCGCAUUCAAAGCACCCCCGACAGAUGGCCAUCCAGCCUCUGCUUAAAAGUCUCCAAAGAAGGAGCCUCCACCACGGCCCGGGGCAGAGAGUUCCACUGCGAAACAGCCCUCACAGUGAGGAAGUUCUUCCUGAUGUUCAGGUGGAAUCUCCUUUCCUGUACUUUGAAGCCAUUGUUCCGUGUCCUAGUCUGCAGGGCAGCAGAAAACAAGCUUGCUCCCUCCUCCCUAUGACUUCCCCUCACGUAUUUGUACAUGGCUAUCAUGUCUCCUCUCAGCCUUCUCUUCUGCAGGCUAAACAUGCCCAGCUCUUUAAGCCGCUCCUCAUAGGGUUUGUUCUCCAGACCCUUGAUCAUUUUAGUUGCCCUCCUCUGGACGCUUUCCAGCUUGUCAACAUCUCCCUUCAACUGUGGUGCCCAAAAUUGGACACAGUAUUCCAGGUGUGGUCUGACCAAGGUAGAAUAGAGGGGGAGCAUGACUUCCCUGGAUCUAGAUGCUAUACCCCUAUUGAUGCAGGCCAGAAUCCCGUUGGCUUUUUUAGCAGCUGCAUCACAUUGUUGGCUCAUGUUUAACUUGUUGUCCACAAGGACUCCAAGGUCUUUUUCGCACACACUGCUGUCAAGCCAGGCGUCCCCCAUUCUGUAUCUUUGAUUUCCAUUUUUUCUGCCGAAGUGAAGUAUCUUGCAUUUGUCCCUGUUGAACUUCAUUUUGUUAGUUUCGGCCCAUCUCUCUAGUCUGUCAAGAUCGUUUUGGAUUCUGCUCCUGUCUUCUGGAGUGUUAGCUAUCCCUCCCAGUUUUGUGUCGUCUGCAAACUUGAUGAUCGUGCCUUCUAACCCUUCGUCUAAGUCGUUAAUAAAGAUGUUGAACAGAACCGGGCCCAGGACGGAGCCCUGCGGCACUCCACUUGUCACUUCUUUCCAUGAUGAAGACGAUGCAUUGGUGAGCACCCUUUGGGUUCGUUCGCUUAGCCAAUUACAGAUCCAUCUAACCGUAGUUUUAUCUAGCCCACAUUUUACUAGUGUCGAAGAAUGAAUCCCUCUUGAAAAGCACAGGCAUAAUGUCCCUCUUUUUGGGAUCUGUGGGGCUACCUAUAAUUUAAUAUUGCAAAAACAAUAACAUUUUAAAUCCCACUAUAUAUAUUUCACAGUAAAACAACAAACUGAGCAAUGUGUUUGACAUGUAAGCACCAUCCCCAAAAUCCAUUGGAUCCAAUGAGGAGCCAGUGCAGGACAUGAUGGCAGAACCCUUCUGCCUGUGCUGCUUGGUUGUAUUGCAACUUUUGGGUUAAAACUUAAAACCACAAAUAAAAAAACAACAACAUUGGUGCAAAGGCAUAACAGCAAUCCCUCUAUAAAGAAUUUACACUUUUGUCCCCUCCUAAAUGAACAGUAAAAAAUCUUCUAUCUUUUUCAAAGGGAAAAGGAACUAAUCAUUAUGCCUGACAAUUGAAGCUUCUUUUCCUUUUCAGGUCCUCUUCUUUUCUAAAAUUACUUAAUAAAACCAGAUACUUCACCCCCUCAAAAGUGCUUAACAGAGACUGAAAAUGUCUCUCUUUCCAAAUACUUACCUGCUAACUGACAUCUUCCACAGGAACACACAGAUCCAGACUACAACCCUCCAGGCAUUUCAGCCAUUUCUCAGUCAUUGUGGUCAAUUUACCUGUAAUUGUCAUUUAAACAAAUGUGUUCGAAUUCUCUACCAUUGACUAAUAUUGCUAUAUAUGAGCCAUCAGUUUUGUAAUACUUUCAAGUAAAGAAUAGGGUGGUGGAAGACCCAGAUGUUUUGUUUCAAUUGAUAGUUUUGGUUUGACAUGUUGCUUUUCUGAAAUUUUAAUAUCAACCUUGGAGGUUUUUCAGUGUUUCUUUCAGUGAAAGGGAUCCUACUGAGCAAAAUGUUCAAACUAUUUAUAUGUAUAAAGAAUAAAUUUUCAGUAUGAAAAUGA